UCCAUUACCCGCCGGAUGGGGGGGCAGGAGGAAGCCGGGCGGAACCACAGCGCCGCCGCGGGAGGUGUGAUGCUGCGCGGGGCGGGGCGACGGGUGCGCGGCAGCAGCGGGAGCGCAGCGGGCGGAGGGAGGCAGGCAGGGAAGAAAGCGCCGAGCAGGAGCGGGAGCCGCAGCUCUCUGUUUCAUCGCAUCGCCACCAUGGGUCGGACACUUACGACACUUACGUUCCCCCUCGCCGUCGUCUCCGUGGCGUGCUGCCUCUGCGGGCUGGCCGUGGUCGCAGACCCGAGCGUUACUCCUCCUACCCCCGUUACUACUACGUCCCCUUCCAAUGGUACUGUAACACCCUCCCAUGUCACUGUAACACCCACCAAUGCGACCACCACCACGGCCAAUGCCACCACGGCGUCUGCCAAUGCCACCACGGCGUCUGCCAAUGCCACCACAGCGUCUUCCAAUGCCACCACAACCAGUUCUGCCACCACAGCUCAUACUCCUAUAGCCAACGUCACCAAUGCAACUACUCAUAUUCCUCUGCCUAAAACCACCACUACUUCAGCUCCCAGGACACCCACUACUGCAGGUUCAAGUACUACUGUGGCUCCCGUUGCACGCAAAUCUACGUUUGAUGCUGCGAGUUUCAUAGGGGGAAUUGUCCUUGUUCUGGGUCUGCAGGCUGUUAUUUUCUUUCUGUACAAAUUCUGCAGAUCUAAAGACCGAAAUUACCACACGCUCUAGGACCUGCCCCUUGGUAAUGGACUAGUAGCCCAACACGUGUAGUUCACUGAACCAAAAUAUUUUCUGUUGCUCAUGGAAGACAGCAGUUCAUAAUAUCCUUUAAAUCUCUAAAAGAAGACUUUAAAUGAAUAUUUUUGCAACAUUAUACUUGGCAAGAAGUGAUAUGAAUCUCUUCAACAGGAUUACUUGCAAUAUGCUGCAUGGGUUCUAAUGGCUGUUUUAUUUUCCUUUAGUGGCUGCUGAUGUGGGACUUUUCUUGAUAUGCCAAAUGUAGAAUGUUCAGAGAUUCUUAUUCAGUGGCAACACUGUCCAGUAGACAAUCGUAAAAUGACUUAUUCUGAAGGCUAAUUUAAACAAUAUCUGAUACAGUAUCCCUUCAGUUUUAUUAAGAUGUGAAUUAUUGGUGACUGAUUUCAGGGAGUGAAAUACCAUUUAUAGUAGCUUAUGAUUCUUACAGUGGGUUGCUAGAAAGAUGGACAAAAAUGUAGAAUUAGAUAAUGUCUUAACAGAAUAACAUAGCCCUUUUUUUUCUUUUAACCCAGGAAUAAAAGUUGCCUCAUAGAACAACUUCAUUCCAAACAGAUUUCCUAUGCCAUUUUCAAUUAAUGUUGAGGGUGGAUGUAGGAAUAAUCCUUCUAAUAGGGGAAUAAAUAUUAGUGCCUUAAAAGACUAAAUUUCAGUAGGCUGUAAGCAUGUCCCAGCUAUCUCAAAGAUAAAUAAAACUUUUAAGUAUUAGCUUUACAUAGGAAUGUAGAAUACAUAUGACUUGAGCAUUCCAGUUUAAAAAAAAAAAUUCCCUAGAAUAACUGUCCCUUAGUGAUUUUGUUUUAGAGUGAGGAGUAUGGUACAGUGAUGUUCAGCCACAAACAGAAGCUUUGAGUUGUUUACCUUUUGUUCUGGCCUACAAAGACCAACCAUAAUUCCGUUCACUCCCUGUAUAAAAAGGCAACAGCUUACAUUUAUACUUGAAAUACUGAUGUUUGGGGAAUCCUGAUGUUUUUGUUAUUCAAACGGUUCUUAAAACUCGUUGCAAUUCAUUUCAGGAGCUUGGGUGGUUGUUUUUUUCUUUAUUACUCUCCUGUGUGUCUGCUUGCUGAAGAAGCAGUUAGGGUUGUUCAGUGGAUCUGCUGAUUUGAUCCUAGUCAGGAUUGCUGUAAUCCUGGGACUGCAGGCUACACCUUUUUGCUUUCCCUUCUCCCCCUUCCUGGCUUCACAUUUGUGUCACCUUGCAGUGAACUGGUUUAGGGUUUUUUUUUUGUCCUUGGCUGGAUCAGCCAUGUGAUGAUCUGAGUAUCAAAGGUACGUCAUCUCCAAAGCAGACUGACUUGAGCACCUGAGAAAAUAAACCCAAGGGAAAAAUGGAAGUAGAGAUAAAAUCAGCUGGGGGAGGUAGCACAUAUGAAUGCAUAGCUUCUGAUGAUAUCCCCUGAUCGUAAGUUUUGUGAUAAUCUGUAGUGCUGGUUUUCCAGCUCUGACUUGACUGGAAUUUGGCACCCAAGACAGAAAUAGUAAUGAUAGAAGAUAAUAGUCAUGGUAGUGGGACUUGAAUUAUGAAGCAAAUUAAGUGCAUUUCAGUUUGAAACUUGAAGUGUACAGUGUUGCUUUCUUGUGUUCUUCUAGUUUGAAUGGCAUUGUUUCUAUUGUGCUGCAUAGAAAACUCAAAUUGCUACAAAGUGCAGAGGUUACUCACCAGUACUGUAUCUUUGAGUUCAUUAGCUUUUGGUUUUCUAAGCAAAACUAAGACAAUCAGCUCAGGUUUAUUAAAACAGCAGUGAGCAGCCAGUUUUCAGCAACAGUGUGUGUGUUAGAUGGUAUAUUGUUUGCCUUAGUGUGAAAUCUCUUAAAUCUGUUGUUUCCCUAUCUAAGAACUAUUUUACUACAUUUAUUUGUUAAAAAAAAAUCCAUGAGCUUGUAGUCUUUGCUUUGAAGUGAACAAAAUAAUCUUUUGAAAUAUGACAGUUUGCCUUUAGCUCAGCAAACCAAACCAUACCUAGUAUACAAUUUUUGGCCUCAAAGGGCUCUUUUGGGAAACUUGCAGAAAAGUCCAACAGAACACUUCAUAGCAUGGAAAACAUUGCCACAAAAAUGGCAUUCUGUAGAAUGUUGCUGAAAUGCUUAUUCAUGAGCUUUGCUAAUCCUGAUUUAGGUUGCUGAUAAAGUAUGCAGGCAAAGCAAACUAAAAAUAAUGUUUAAAGUGCCUUAAAAUUGCUAACUUGUUUGCCUCAAAUUUUGUUUAGAACGGUAGAAGGGAUACCUUGCCUUAGUUACUAAAUUUGUUGUGGUGCCAGCAAUUGCUAUUUUCCAACACUUUAGGAAACCCAGGAUCUCUGGCAUGUACAAAUGCCUAUCUGAAAAACUCAAGUUUUUGCUGUAUCAAUUUAGUCAUGUUCCGGAAGACCUGCACGUCACACCUCUUGCUCAUGAGCCUUGCCAGCAAGGUGUAAUUCCACAGUUCAGAGUUGUGGCUUGAACUGUUUUAGUUGUUUGGGGGAAGGGGAGGCUGGGUUAUACAUCUUCACCAUAUGCUUGGCUGCCUCACUGUUGAAAGUAAUUACUCCUUUGUGAAAUGCAGCAUCAGCUGAUCUGUGCUGUGUACUAGCAAAACAUCUGAAGUAACAACUUGCAGUUUUUCUUGGCCUUGUGUUUUGAAGUGGAAGGUAGCUCAUAGAUCUAUAAUUGUACUUGUCCCUGAAUCAGUUUUAGGCACUGAAUCGUAGUGACUCUUCAAGUUAUUUGGCUUUUUUUUUGAAGCCAACUUGUGCAAAUAUCAAGCUGUUACCUUACGAAUGUUCUCUGCAAGUGUUGCUGUAAAAGUUUGUAUUUUGUCUUCAGUGGAAGAAAACUGAAGCAGUUGUAAUCGCAAAACCAAAUUCAUUAAUAAAAUCUGUUGAAUGGAA